AUGGCGUAUGUGAAGAUGAACAUAUUUCAUUGGCACAUUGUUGACGACCCUUCAUUUCCCUAUGAAUCUUCGACCUAUCCAGGACUUUCGGGAAAGGGUGCCUACGACCCAUCGGCUGCUGUUUAUACAAUUGCUGAUGUAAAGGAAAUUAUCGAAUUCGCCAGACUACGUGGAAUACGCGUGAUGUCCGAGUUCGAUACGCCAGGCCACACACAGUCCUGGGGCAAAGGAUACCCCCAUAUCCUCGCGCAGUGUUUCAAGGGUGGGAAGCCCACUGGUGAAUUUGGACCAGUUGAUCCAUCAAGGAAUUCCACCUACGACUUCAUGAGGGCUCUGUUCAAAGAGGUUACGAAUAUAUUCCCGGAGAACUACCUCCAUCUCGGUGGAGAUGAGGUUGAUUUUGCCUGCUGGCAGUCAAAUCCAAACAUCACAACUUUUAUGGAGCAAAUGCAAUUUGGUAAGGACUAUAAGAAGCUGGAAAGCUACUAUAUUGCUCGAUUACUGUCAACUUUGCAAAGUCUACCGAGUUCGAAAAGGAAAUUGAGACCAGUAGUUUGGCAGGAGGUAUUUGAGAACGCACCAGACGUUUCCAAGGAUGUGACGGUUCAUGUUUGGAUGGAUUCUCCCUGGGAUGCCGAACUCAGAAAGAUCACUGCGGCCGGUCAUGAGGCUGUUUUCUCCGCCUGCUGGUACCUCAGCGCCAUGGGCUAUGGUGAAGAUUGGCCAAAGUACUAUACGUGCGACCCCGGGACUUUCACAACAGACGAGAAGCAAAGGGCUCUUCUCAAGGGUGGUGGCGCAGCAAUGUGGUCCGAAUACGUCGACGACACAAAUUUAAUUUCACGCUCAUGGCCCAGAGGAGCGCCGGUUGCGGAACGGCUCUGGAGUCCUGCAUCGGCCAACGAUGUGAAGGAAUUCCGUCCCCGAAUGGAGGAAAUACGCUGCAGAUAUCGAGAGUAA